UCCUCAGGCUUGGUGGGAAGAUUACCACUCUGGGAUGAGGGAGGAGUGGGAUCCCGCCACCCCUGGCUUUCUGGCCGGUGAACCAGCUCAGGAAAGUCAGCGCCAUCUCCACCUCUGACCCUUUCUGCCACGGUGCGCCCGUGGAGGAGAACCCUGCCUGGUGCUAGUGGGUGACGUGGUGGGACGCAGGACCUCCGAGGUGGCUGCGGGGGAAGGCGUCGGCAGGUGCAUCGACCCUACGGGUACCGGGACUCCGGGCGUGGCACGGCAUCCUGGGGCGGGACUCGAACGUGCGGCACGCCCUCGGGCCGACGCAGAGAAACGGAAAGUGGUGCGCAUGCGCCUGGACUCAGGCCCGUUUCCGAGCGUUUGCGCACGCGCGUUCUUGCCGCCUCCCAGCAUUCCGGGUGCGGGCGGGGCGUGUGACGUCAGUUCGUUUAAUCCGGAAACGGCGGCGACGGCAGAGGGGACAGAACCGAGGGGCUGUCGUUGGUGGUCACGCCUGGGAUCUGAAAGAGAGGCUUGUAACCCGGAAGCGGAAACGAGUCACCGUCCCAGCUCCGGCUGCCCCACAGAUAGGCUUCACACUUUUCCCGGGCCCACCGGCGGGCUUCUGCCGCCAUGGACCUGUUGUUUGGGCGCCGGAAGACGCCGGAGGAGCUGCUGCGGCAGAACCAGCGGGCUCUGAACCGUGCCAUGCGAGAGCUGGACCGUGAGCGACAGAAGCUAGAGACCCAGGAGAAGAAGAUCAUUGCCGACAUCAAGAAGAUGGCCAAGCAAGGGCAGAUGGACGCUGUGCGCAUAAUGGCAAAAGACCUGGUGCGCACACGGAGGUACGUGCGCAAGUUUGUGCUGAUGCGGGCCAACAUCCAGGCUGUGUCCCUCAAGAUCCAGACACUCAAGUCCAACAACUCGAUGGCGCAAGCCAUGAAGGGUGUCACUAAGGCCAUGGGCACCAUGAACAGACAGCUUAAGUUGCCCCAGAUCCAGAAGAUCAUGAUGGAGUUUGAGCGGCAGGCAGAGAUCAUGGACAUGAAGGAGGAGAUGAUGAACGACGCCAUCGACGACGCCAUGGGUGAUGAGGAUGAUGAGGAAGAGAGUGAUGCUGUCGUGUCCCAGGUCCUGGAUGAGCUGGGCUUGAGCCUGACAGAUGAGCUGUCCAACCUUCCUUCCACCGGAGGCUCCCUCAGUGUGGCCACCGGUGGGAAGAAAGCAGAGGCCGCAGCCUCGGCCUCAGCCCUGGUUGAUGCGGACGCGGACCUGGAGGAGCGGCUCAAGAACCUGCGGAGGGACUGACUGCCCCGUCGCCCCAGCGGGCCAAAGGAUGUUCACUUCCGCUGCACCCUUUCUCUAAUAAAAGUGAUUAGACACUA